AGCAAGCGAUCCGGCUUGCUUAUCGCUGUGCAACAGGGCUGGCCCGAGCCGUUUCCAAGCCCUUGAAUCGGAAGCGGCUACCUCGCGGCUGGUCCACGCCCUGGACAAAAUAACUGGCACUGCCAAAGUAGGUCAAUAGAGGAACGUAUUCUGAACCACACCUUAAAAAUACAGUUAAUAGACGUUGAAAGGUAGUUGAUAGACAUUGAAGAACAGGUAAUACACCUAACAGGAUACUAAAUAAGCUCUAAGAAUAAUUAAAAUGGCCUGUCUUCUCUUUUAAGACGUUCAACUCAAAAUAACUAUUACACGUUUGGCUGACUGGGAGUACCGGCUAUUUUGUCCACAACGUGCUGUCGAAACCCGGGCCAUUGGCCAUUGACCACCUCGAUUCAACAUCUGCAUUCCCUUUCGUGAUCCAUCUUGUUCUCCUUGAGCCGACAACGUUCGCUUUCAGCAUUUGCACCAACCGGUAGGAGAACCUCCCGCACGGAGUUCCGUACGUCUUCUCCUCUCUUACGACUACCUUCCUCCAUUCGACAAACUGUACCAUCUUGUCGCCGUUUGGUCCGACCUCGCCCGAUCGAUCCAGCCCAACGCACGUAGCCAGAACACGCAGACGAUCACUUUCACAAUGAGCACCCAAGAUCUUUUCUCGGCCGACCUCCUUUCGCCCAGUGUCCAGGCUGAGCUCCCAGAGGGUUACAAGCUCCGCGCGCUUCGGUCAGAAGACUACGAGCAUGGCUUUCUCGACUGUCUUCGAGUCCUGACAACCGUGGGGGAUAUCUCCCGGCAGGAGUUUGACGAACGCUACCAGUGGCUGGCCAAGCAAGACGGCACUUACUUUAUUCUCGUGAUUGAAGAUACCAACUUCAACCCACCCAGGAUCGUGGGUACCGGUGCGCUGAUCGUGGAGCGCAAGUUCAUUCACGGCCUUGGGAAGGUCGGACACAUCGAAGACAUCGCUGUUGCGAAGGACCAACAAGGGAAGAAACUGGGUCUUAGAAUUAUCCAGGCUCUCGACUUCAUCGCCAAGGAGACGGGUUGCUACAAGACAAUCUUGGACUGCAGCGAGCACAAUGAGGGCUUCUAUGUCAAGUGUGGAUUUAAGAGAGCGGGGCUCGAGAUGGCCCAUUAUCACAACAAAUAA